AUGUGUAGACCAUUAUUUGUCGUCGAAGAUCGGCAUUUAAUUUUGACUUCAGAUACUUUAUCAAAAUUAAAGCUGGAGAUAGCACAGGAGGAAGAACAAAGUUUAUUGGAGGCAUUAUCGAGAUUGUAUAAUUUACGUAAACUUGAAGGUUUAAGACCAAGAAGGAAAAGACGAUCGGUCCAUGAACGUCUAAUUAAUUUACCAACUUAUCCAAAUAAGUGGACCCAUUGUGAAAUUCAUCCAAGUAUGAUUUUGGAAGCAGCUUGUAACCACAAAAGUUAUGGAAUACUUCAAUUCAGAGAAUUACCUGCUGGGAUCAAUGUUAUCGUAGUUCUGUGUUAUGGAGGGUACAAUCAAGAAGAUUCCUUGAUUAUAAACCAAAGUAGCUUUGACAGGGGAUUGUUUAGAAGUUUUACUUAUCGACGUUAUCUUGAUCAAGAAAAAAAGUGGUACAGGCGUUUUGAACAUGGAAGAUAUAAUCAAGCCAAAUCCUUAUAUGAACCUUGGAUUAAACGUGGAAAUUAUGAGAAACUUGAUGAUUAUGGGAUCGUACCUUGUGGGGUUCGAGUUCGUGGAAAUGAUAUUCUUAUAGGAAAGGUGUCUACACUUUCACCUGAAGAUGACUGCUUGGCCAACGAAAAGAAUCUCAUAUAUUAUCAUAAUCCACAUGUUAUUCCUAGCCGUUUGACAAUCGGAGAUUUAAUUGAAUGUUUAAUGGGAAAGCUUUCGGUGUUUUCGGGUAGUGAAGGUGAUGCUACAGCUUUUUUGGAAUUUACCGUAGAAUCCAUUUCGCGAAAACUUGGUUCUUUUGGAUUCCACCGUCGUGGAUUGGAAGUUAUGUAUAAUGGUCAUACUGGAAGUAAAUUAGCCGCACAAAUUUUCAUUGGACCGACUAAUUAUCAACGGUUAAAACAUAUGGUUCAAAAUAAAAUUCAUUCACGCGGAAGAGGUCCAGUUAAUAUAUUAACCAGACAACCAGUUGAGGGACGUAGUCGUGAAGGAGGAUUAAGAUUUGGUGAAAUGGAACGAUAUUGUAUGAUUUCUCACGGAACAGCCUUAUUUUUGAAGGAACGACUUAAUGAUGUCGCAGAUGCUUAUAAAAUUCAU